AUGCCAAAUGAAUGCGAUAUCCAAAUCUCCGAAGCAACUAUUCGCAGAGUAAGACGUAAACUCGGUUGGAAGAUGGAAAACGCCAGGUAUUGUCAACUUGUACGCGAGCCAAAUAAAAUCAAAAGGAUGGCAUUCUGUCUCAAAGCAUUUAGAGAGGAAGACGUGUUUAAUAAUGUUAUAUUUACGGACGAGACAUUUGUGCAGAUGGAGCAGUAUGCAAGAGUAUGUUUCCAUAAAGAUGGAACUCAACCAAAACGAAAAGACCGUCCUAAGCAUCCAUUAAAGGUACGGUACAUGGCACUAUUUUAAAUUUUUUGUCAUCUAUUGUAAUUAUAGUAUAGAUAUACUUCCAUACCAUUUUAUGAACUCAACUAUAAACACAUUAAUAAUCAUUAUAAAUGGCAAAGGAAAUAAUUGGCAAAGGAAAUUAAAUAAGGCACAUUGCCUAUAAUUAAUAUAACUUCCAGGAGCCAGAAAAAUCAUACAGUAUAUAGUAUAAGAACAGCCUGUAAUAUGUAAUGUCACUAAUGUGUAUACAUCUAGUUGAAGGACCUUGUAGAUGGAGAUUAUGAAGUGGAAAUUUAUAUACAUAAUGUGACCUAACCAGCAACAGUUGCGAAAAAUACAGCUACAGGUCCCUGGCAGGAAUCAAACCUGCGGCUCUGUGAUUCCGGUGCAGCGCUCCAACCGAGCUACAGUGCAGCUCUAACCACAAGUUCAUGUUUAUGAGGGACCGAUUACAUGUAGCACUUUCAACCCUGGGGUUAUAAGUGUUACAUAUAAAUGUUCCGGGCAUUGAAGUAAAUAAGCGCCUCCAUGUACCUUCUAUUUUGUUUUAUUGUGAUAAAUAAUCACUACCGCACAUGCUUGAAUAACUCAUGACGAUUAAGUUCAACCCAGAGUCAAGUUCAAAUCCAGGGUUGAAAUUUUAACCCUGGGGGUUGAACUUGGCCCUUGUUUGAAAAUAUUGUCAUGUAAUCGUGCAUUAAUUUGAUUUUGAGAGUUUUGUAUUACAGACAGGGCUGAAAUUUCAACCCGGCCAACAGGGCUGAGUUCAACCCAGGGGUUGAAGAUGCUCCAUGUACGUGAUUGGCCCCUAAAUUUCAAUCUAUAAGCUAGAACAUUCAACUGUUAUUCACUCGAGCGAGAUCAACAAAAUCUUGAUAUAAAUGUACUAGCUAGCAUGCAUUGUAGUGAGUAACUUAGUUGUGUAAUACCCUGGCCUCUGUACUAUAUAUUCCCUCAAUUAAUAAACUAUUAAAAUUAAUGCUCUGUUUACAUGAGCCCAGGCUGACUGUCAACCCAGGUUCUCUAUAUACUAUUAGUUUUAAUUGCAUGUUUACUUAAUUUUUAGGUUCAUGUUUGGGCUGGAAUUUCCUGGCGAGGAGCAACACAAGUGUGUAUUUUUAGUGGAUGCAUGGAAAGUAUUGGCUACCAAACAAUUUUAGAAAGGAAUUUGUUGCCAUUCGUCAGAAGGGUGUAUCCUGAUGGUCACCGCAUGUGGCAAGAUAAUGACCCAAAACAUACAAGCAACUCAACAAAGAAAUGGAUGAAAGAUAAUGGGAUUGAUCACUGGGUCACACCUCCAGAAUCACCAGUUAGUAAUCAAACUUACAUCUAUGAUCUUCUGCAGUUACUUAAUAGUUGUAUUUUAUUGCAUGUUAGACACAAUUAA